AUGGCGCGGGCGGAGGAGCACCUCGCUGGCAUGGAGAGCCGCGGGCCCGCGCCGAACAUACGCACGUACAACAUGAAAACGUUGACCAUCAACGCCUACGCCAACGUGGGGGACGUCGCCCGCACGGAGAAGUUCCUCGAGCGCAUGAGGCUGCUCGGCGUCCAGCCUAAUUACGUGACCUACAGCACCCUCUGCAAGGUCUACGCCCGCCUCGGCGCGGUCGAGGAGAUCGAGCAGGUGAUGAAGAUCGUCGAGCAGUACGUCGGGCCCGUCAACGAGUACUUCUUCGCCUCCCUCAUCUCCGCGUGCGGCCAGACGACCCCGCCGCAGCCGGAGCGUGCGGAGGGGGCCUUGGAUGACCUGGUCCGCCGCGGCCUGAAGGCGCAGAGCGUGAAGCGGGCGCUGUCGCGGGUCGUUGGCGAGGAGAGGACGGCCCACUUGUUGAAGAUGUUGGGGCUCAAGAUGGUGGGGCAGCCCCAGGUGCGCCCGGGCGCCACUGCCACGCAGCUGCCGCUGCCCCCGGGCCUCGUCGCGGAGGCCUCUGGCGCGCGCCGCCGCGUGGUGCCUCCCGCCGCCGGCAAGAGGGCGCCGAGCGGCAAGGGCACAGCGGACGCGCACGACGGCAGCGGCAGCAGCACCGGCCUGGGGACGCCGCGCCAGGGGCCCUCCGUGAGCUCCGCGGCGAGCGACGGGUCUGGCAGCGAGGGGCAGGGCCAGGGGCCGUGGGCCGCAGAACCGAGGAGGCCCCCGGGCUGCGGCAGGGGCGCCCACGCGGCCCGGGGCGCUGCCAGGGGCGCGGCCCGGGGCGCGGCCACGGGCGUGGCCUGGGGCGCGGCCACGGGCGCGGCCAGGCCGCAGAGCUUCGGGAAGGCCCACGCGCCCGUGGCGGCCCCGCCCGGCGGGCGCGGCGCCCCAGCGGCCUUGGCCCAGCAGGCGGCCCUGCGCGGCUGGCAGGCGCAGCCGCCGAGGGCUCAGCAGCAGCAGUAG